GAGCUGCUGCCUGCAGCCCGCGAACACGUGUGUGUCUGCUUCAAGAUUCGCAGAAACUGAGUCGCCUAAUUGAUGACGUACUCUCCCUCGCUGCUCAUCUCGGCAGCAUCCAGCAAAGUCCUCGGGUUAUAAAACGGUUCUGAUCUUCAUGUUGUGACUUUAUCAUCUUUACUUGCUUUUACUUAUAAAAUAAGAGGAGAGUUCUCUUUCAGAAUACGGGGCGGUGUACAUACAGCGGAGGUUUUUUUAAUCAUUUAAAUUCUGCUGAUUUUGACCUGUGUUUAUUUAUUUGCACCUCGUCCACACAGUCUGAUCGGGUAAACACAAUACAAUGUUGUUACAUCGUUAAAACGAUUCAUUAUCAACUCGGUGUUUAUUUUUUAAUUUCCAAUGGUAUGCUUUACUUAUACGUUUGCGAGUUGUUUGUGUUAUAUUGCAAAUUCCUGUUAGAAUUCCUAAAUACACCAGCAUAUUUUUGUUGCAAUUAAUCGAAUUGAGGAUUAGACCGUGUUUAUUUCAUUUGCAAAUGCAGAUUGUUUUUCGUUGUGUGUUGUCAAGUUAGUUAGACCUGCAGCCUAACCCAGGCAGGCCAGUAAUACUUUUAUUACACUUAGUUCGUAAUAUUUUUAGUACUACCUAGUGAUCACAGUUAAAACUGAUGAUGCUGACCAGACCCUCCCAUAUCCAAGCUCUGUGUCGUCACUUGUUGACCAAACGAGUAGACCUGUGUCUGACUGGGCAGCGUGCACCAGAAAGAUGUGGACAGCAUCCUCCCAGUUAUCAGCUGCUGGUCCCUUAUGUAGUGACGAGCUGGAGACGCGUGUCUUCAGUUCCACCUGGGGAGAGCGGCCAGGUGGGCCAUGACAAAGGGACUCCCCAGAACUCAGAGACAGCACUGCAGGAGAACGGUGUGCAGGGGGGGAGAAGGAGGAGGGCGUGGGAGAGAUCCCUGUCUCCCCUAGAGAGAAUCAGCCGACUCCUGCCCCAGGACUCCCUGACGGAGGAUAUUCUGCACCUGCGGGCAAAACCACGGGAGGAGCAGAGUGAUCAGGAGGGUUCCCUGACUUCCGAGGCUCAUGCUACUAAACCCACUGGUGCUGCCGAUUCCUCUGAGCCACGUGACCCCUCGUCCCGGGAGGUGCCCUUCAAGCCAGGGGACCUGGUCCUGGCAGAGUUUCGCAUGAAGCACCGCGUGGAGUUCAGGAAGAUGUUCAGCCUGAGCUCGGAGGGGAAGCUGCACAGUAACUGGGGCCUGGUCCACCACCAGGACAUCGUGGGCAGGCUGCCCGGCCAGGUGCUUCGGACCUCCACCGGCAUCAGAUUCCUGAUGAGACGUCCCGCGCUGGACGAAUUCGUUCUGCUGAUGAAGAGGGGGCCCACCAUCUCAUACCCCAAGGAUGUGAACGCCAUGCUGAUGAUGAUGGAUGUCAGUGAGGGAGACUGGGUGCUGGAGACGGGUUCGGGAUCAGGAGCCAUGACACUCUUCCUGUCCAGAGCAGUGGGCUCGAGGGGUCGCGUGGUCAGUUUCGAGGUCCGCUCAGACCACCACGACAGGGCGGCGAGGAACUUCCAGCGCUGGCGGUCAGCCUGGGAGGUGGCUCACAGGGAGGAGUGGCCAGACAAUGUGGCCUUCAUCAACAAGGACGUGAGCAACGCAGCCUCCGACAUCUCAGAAGUCACCUUCGAUUCGGUAGCGCUUGACAUGCUCAACCCCCAGGUGGCCCUGCCUGUGGUGCACCGGCACCUCAAACAGGGAGCAGUGUGUGCUGUGUACCUGGCAAAUAUAACUCAGGUGGUGGACCUGCUGGAAGGGGUGCGGCACUAUCGGCUACCUUUUUUCUGUGAGAAGGUGACGGAAGUGACGCACAGACACUGGCUGGUGGCCCCAGUUCUAAGGAAGGACGGGACCAACGCACCCAGGGUACCGCCAGCAGGGGUCAGAGGUCAAGAGGGCGAGCCAGGGAGCAAAGGUCAGGACCAGCCAGAGGACCCCACCGACCAGGAGGAAGGACUGUUGGAAACAGUGAUGGGCAGACCCUUUGGAACGGUGCCUUAUGUCGCCCGUCCUCAUCACGAGCAGGGCAGCCACACAGCUUUCCUGGUCAAGCUGAGGAAGUUCCUGCCUGUGCCGCAUCUCCCCCACACACGUGACUGCUGAAUUCAGUUCAGAAGAAGAGAAAGACUAAAAUGACAAUCAAUAAUAAAGAUGCAGAUUGUUCCAUGUUUUGUAAAAUGUAUUGUAUAUUUUUUGUAUUAAUAAAUAUGUAAUAUAUUUCAA